AUGGAAUCUGUAACAUCCAGAUGUCAGUAUAAAAAAGAAAAUAGUAGACGUGCUAGCAAUAAUGCGUUCUACUUUUUUAUCAGAGGAACUAAAAUAAAAAUAUGUAAACAUUUCUUCAGGCCAACUUUAGGUAUUACGGCCCGUCCGAUAAGAACUGUGUUGGAUAAACAAAGAAGCUUCAGCAAAGGGAUACUGUCGGGUGAACGGAGAGGGAAACACGGUAAUCACCAUCGGGUCGAUGACGCUAUUAAAACUGGGAUUAGAAACCACAUAAAUUCGAUACCCCGUAUAGAAAGUCACUAUUGUAGGGAAUAUUCGAAUACACAAUACAUUGAUGGGAGCAAAACAGUAGCCCAGCUACACAGGGACUACGUCGAAUCGUACAAACAAGCUGAGAAACCUUACGGCAACUACCUAAUGUACAGCAGAAUAUUCAAUUCUGAAUUUAAUAUUCCAUUCUUUUCGCCUAAAAAAGACCAGUGCACGGACUGUGUUGCAUUCCAAAUAGCAUCUGGGGAAGGCAGAUAA